ACCAGCGGCCCAAGAGAGAAUCCUCUGUUCAAAAGCUUAUCUUUAUAAACACGGCGAAUAAUUUUUCGUAGAGGAGGUUCAUUUGAUCGGAAAAAAUGGCGGUCGACGGAUGUAUCCUCACUCCGUUAUCCAAAGUGGGUGAAAACUACCACAGACCCACCGAGCUCAAAGCUUUUGACGAUUCUAAAGCUGGCGUUAAAGGGCUAGUCGACGCAGGUGUUACUGAAAUUCCACGCAUCUUUUACCAGCCACCGGAAGAUUACCACUCCGACAACGUCGCCGGCGAAACACCGUACAAAAUUCCGGUGAUCGAUCUCGAACACGUGGACAGAAAUUCCCUCAAACGCAAAUUCACCAUCGACAGAAUCCGAGAAGCUUCAGAGAAAUUGGGUUUUUUUCAAUUGAUCAACCAUGGGAUUCCGGCGGCGGUGCUGGAAGAGAUGAAAGAAGCGGUUAAGAGAUUUAACGAACAAUGCACGGAAGUGAAGAAACAAUACUACACUCGCAACACGACCAAGCCUUUGAUUUACAAUAGCAAUUUCGAUCUGUACAGCGCAGCCGCCACGAAUUGGAGGGACACGAUUGGUUACAUAAGUGCUCCUGUUCCUCCCAAUCCACAGGACUUGCCGGAGAUUAUCAGAGAUAAUUUGGUGGAUUACUCGAAAAGAGUGAUGGAAAUUGGGAAUUUGCUGUUUGAAUUGCUGUCGGAGGCUUUGGGGCUGACCCCAAAUUACUUGAAGGACAUAGGGUGCUGCGAGGGGCUGGCAAUUGGGUGCCACUAUUACCCACCCUGCCCGCAGCCACAUUUGACACUGGGCACAUCCGAGCACAGUGACAAUGUCUUCAUCACUGUUCUGUAUCAAGACCACAUCGGCGGCCUUCAGAUCCGCCACCAGAAAAAGUGGGUCGACGUCCCACCGGUCGAUGGCGCGUUGGUCGUCAACAUCGGAGAGCUUAUGCAGUUGAUAACAAACGACAGAUUCAUAAGCGUGGCGCAUAGGGUAUUGGCGAAACAGGAGGGUCCAAGAAUCUCAGUGGCGAGCUUUUUUAGUACGCUUUAUUUGCCGAACUCGAAACUGUAUGGACCCAUAAAGGAACUGUUAUCGGAAGAAAAUCCGGCCAAGUACAGAGAAACCACGAUCAGAGACUUCCAUCUCCAGUAUCGUGCCGAUGGGCUUGGGACUUCCUCUCUGCAGCAUCUCAAGCUUUGACUACAAUAAUAAUUCAUCUACUUUUCUCGCUUUGUUUAGUUUACCACGUCUAAUCUUCUACUUAAGUUAUAUAUUCGACCGUGCUCUUAUCAAUCAAUAUGUCCUAAUUUGAUAUCA